GAGUUCUAUUUAUUUACUGUCUCAUCAGUUGUAAAUCACUGGCCAUUUCUUCAAAUAUUUCAGGUGGGAACCUCAACAAGAUACGCAUCUGAUAGUGCAAGAUUUACUCAGACUACUGGUGGGAGCUGCAGCGUAUCAUGUGAGGAAACUUGUCACCGUAGACUGGUCCAGGAAGAGUUGGUGAUAGACAUUGAGAAGUCAACACAUGGGUUCAGUACCAAUACAAAAGAUGUGACUAUUGAUAAGGAAUGCUCAGUUGUCACCCAAUAUGACUGCAGUACGAGGGAAAAGGAAUUACAUGUAUAUAGCUGUAAUUUCUGCCAACAGAGCUUUCCUUCAAAAUACAGGCUCAUAAUGCAUGUGUUUAUGCACAAUGAUGGAACGAAACCACAUUUGUAUGUUUGUAAGUGGUGUGGUGAGGUAUUUGACAGUAAUGUUGGCUUGAAAAAGCAUAUGAGAAUGAGUGACAAUUGUCAAUUUUUAACUGCUGAUAGUCAUGAAAGAUAUUGCCAUAGUGAUGAGCAUCAAAGCAGUACCUUGUUGGAUAGCGAGCCAGAAGUUUCUGUCACACAGCACAGUGAGCAGUCUUCAUGUAAGGAAACUUGGAACGUGUCAAAGAAGCCCUCUAACGACAUGUGUAACACACACAUGACAAAUGAUAGAGAGAAAAAAAGUAAUUAUGGAACUUCGUCUAUAGCUGUUAAUGUCAGUGCCCAGGCUGAUCUACUUACUGCAAACAGAACUGACAGAUGCGGUAUUUGUGGCAAAUUGUUUGCUAGGUCAGGUGAUCUCAAGAGACAUUGUUUCAUUCAUACCGGGAAAAGACUUCACAAAUGUGAUAUUUGUGACAAAUGGUUUGCCCGGUCAGGUAAUCUAAAGGCUCACAUAUUAAUUCACACCGGAAAGAAACCGCACAAAUGUGAGAUUUGUGGGAAAUCUUUCACGAUCUCAGGUGGUCUCAAGAAACAUGUAUUACUUCACACUGGAAAGAAACCUCACAAGUGUGAGAUUUGUGGGAAAUGUUUUGCCUUGUCAAGUAAUCUCAAGAUACACACAUUAAUUCACACUGGAAUUAAACCUCAUACAUGUGAGAUUUGUGGGAAAUCUUUUGCUAGGUCAGGUGAUCUCAAGAAACAUGUAUUAAUUCACACUGGAAAGAAACCUCACAAAUGUAAAAUUUGUGGGAAAUCUUUUGCUAGGGGGCACCAUCUCAAGAGACACACAUUAAUUCACACUGGAAAGAAACCUCACAAAUGUAAUAUUUGUGGGAAAUCUUUUGCUGGGUCAGGCGUUCUCAAGAGACAUGUAUUACUUCACACUGGUAAGAAACCUCACAAAUGUGAGAUUUGUGGGAAAUCUUUUACUAGGUCAGAUGAUCUCAAGACACACACAUUAAUUCACACUGGAAAGAAACCUCACAAAUGUGAGAUUUGUGGGAAAUCUUUUGCUAGGUCAGGUGAUCUCAAGAAACAUGUAUUAAUUCACACUGGAAAGAAACCCCACAAAUGUGAGAUUUGUGGGAAAUCUUUUGCUUUGUCAGGAAAUCUCAAGAAACAUGUAUUAAUUCACACUGGAAAAAAACCUCACAAGUGUGAGAUUUGCGACAAAUCGUUUGCCCAGUCACGUCAUCUCAAGCAACACGGAUUAAUUCACACUGGAAAGAAACCUCACAAAUGUGAGAUUUGUGGGAAAUCUUUUGCUAGGUCAGGCGUUCUCAAGCAACAUGCAUUAAUUCACUCUGGAAAGAAACCCCAUGAAUGCGAUAUUUGUGGGAAAUCUUUUGCUAGGCCAGGUGAUCUCAAGACACACACACAUUAAUUCACGCUGGAAAGAAACCCCACAAAUGCGAUAUUUGUGGCACAUCGUCUGCCACAUCAGGUUCUCUCAAGAGACACAAUAAUCCACACUGGAAAGAAACCUUACAAAUGUGAGAUUUGUGGGAAAUCUUUUGCCCAGUCAGGUCAUCUCGAGAGUCAUAUAGUAAUUCACACUUUAAAGAAACUGCAUAAUUGAGAUUUGUGGCAAAUCAUUUGCUAGAUCAGGUGAUCUCAAAACACAUACUUUAGAACACAUUAGGAGGAGACCUCACAAAUGUGAUGUGGCAAAAGUUUCAUUCAGGUGGGAACUCUCAAGACACAUGCACUACUUCACAUCAAAAAGAAAUUACGACAAAUAGAUUUUCCUGGUUGGUGCUCUCAAGGCCUAUAAAACAAUGGAUGUGGCAGGGGGACAGUAAAUAGUAUUGCCUGUGAAAUAAAAUUAAAAUGUGGUAGGAUUGUGAAAAAAUGUGCAAUAAUGUGACAAUAUAUAAAUCCGUAUCUGCCGCUCUACAU